AUGAGCGAAAAAACGAACGAAAAAUCCUCGCUAAUGGCUCCCGAAGAAGAAAUCAGACUGAAACCCCGAAUCUCGCUGUUCAGUGGCUGCACAAUCAUUAUUGGGGUGAUUAUCGGAUCAGGAAUUUUCGUAUCGCCGAAAGGAGUGCUUUUAGAGGCUGGAAGUGCUGGAAUGUCUCUUUUGGUCUGGCUAAUUAGCGGUGUUUUCGCGAUGAUUGGAGCAAUGUGUUAUUCGGAACUUGGGACCUUGAUUCCGAAGUCCGGAGGAGAUUAUGUCUAUAUUUAUGAGGCUUUCGGACCUCUCCCAUCAUUCCUCUUCCUCUGGGUGGCUCUUGUGAUCAUCAAUCCAACUUCCCUGGCAAUCAUCGCUAUCACAUGUGCCACAUAUGCUCUGGAACCCUUCUUCUCCUGCCCAAUUCCUCCCUCAGUUAUCAAUAUUUUCGCCAGUUGUAUCAUUACAAUUCUCACUUUUAUUAAUUGUUUGGAUGUUCGAAUGGCGACUAGAACUAAUGAUUUUUUCACUGUCGCCAAGCUCCUGGCUCUUUCCUUAAUUGUGGUUUGUGGUGGUUAUUGGCUCUCAUUGGGACACGUGGAUAACCUAGUAAUGCCUGAUGUAGCGGAGGGAACUCAAACGAAGGUGUCUUCGAUUGCAAUGGCUUUUUAUUCGGGAGUCUUCUCGUUUUCUGGAUUUUCAUUUUUGAAUUUUGUGACAGAAGAGCUAAAAAAUCCGUUCAGUGUUGAUGAGAUCCUUGAAUCCGACGCUGUUGCCAUCACGUUCGCCGACAAAAUCCUGGGAUCCUUCGGCAGCAAGAUCCUCAUGCCUCUCUUCGUCUCAUUCUCCUGCCUCGGAUCGAUAAAUGGACUUUUGAUCACUUGUUCCAGAAUGUUCUUCUCUGGUGCUAAAAAUAAUCAACUUCCCGAGUUCUUUUCAAUGAUUUCUAUCAAUCAAUUGACCCCUAUUCCCUCAUUAAUCUUCCUCGGAGCCACUUCCAUUAUCAUGCUCUUUUUCGGAAACGUUUUUCAAUUAAUCAAUUAUCUCUCCUUCGCUGACACCCUUGUAUUCUUCGGUUCUAUCGCUGGUUUAAUUAAAAUGCGACUCACUCUUCCCAAAAAUCAGCUAGAUGCCCGUCCUAUCAAAAUCAGUCUUCUCUGGCCCAUUCUCUUCUUCUCCAUGAUUCUUUUCCUUCUAAUCCUUCCAUUUUUCCACUCCGACCCAUGGGAACUCGUCUAUGGGGUCCUCCUUGUUUUAUCCGGAAUCCCCAUUUAUGCUGCUUUUGUUCUAAACAAGUACCGCCCCGAAUUCUUCCAAUCCGCAUGGAUUCAGUUCACCCAUCUCAUUCAGAAGCUCUUUUAUUGUGUUCCAGAUCUUUCGGGAUCUUCUUGA